AUGUCGUACAACCAACCCGACAACGAGCGCGCCGCUUUUGCUCCCGACGGCUACGCUCCUUUGUUCUGGGGUGAGCACCAGAACCAGCAGGACAACAUGUUCGUGGACACCCUUCGUCCUGCAGGCACAGCUCCCACUGUGCUGCGCGGAGACCAGAUGUCUACUGAGAACGAGAUCUUCGUCGAAGCUAACCACAUCUUAACUGGUGACCCUGUGUGGGUUGCUGGUGUGAUGGAGGCUCCUGUGUUGGGCGACCUGCCUGUGAUUUCGCAGCCUGUAGCGCGCGUUCCUGGACAUGAUGUGCAGGGCGGUGGUUAUUACGCUGCAUCGAAGCAGACUGCACAGCGCUGGGGUGGUCUGCAGGGUUACGGUCGUGGCUACAGUGAUGGCUAUCGCGCUGGUGCAGCUCAGGCUGCCUAUGGCCAUCACCCUGGCGCAGCUCCGUCUGCACAUGGCCACUACCCUGGUGCUGGUCAGGUUGGGUAUGACUACAACAACUCAACCGCCACCCACCCCAUGGCUCACAGCAGCACCAAUAUCGCUAUCCAGGGAGCUGGCAACACCACCUGGAACGCUUACCUUGGUGCCUUUGACACUCCAGCUAUGCCCAACCUUGCUGCCAACCCUCAGCUUCAACGCCGUUCUCAUUCUCCUGUCAAGCAGCAAGCUCUCGCCUACCGCAGACGCUCACCUCAAGACCUUGACCCUACGGCCCCUUCCUUUGCUCCUCCCUUCGUCCCCGCGCCUCCAGCUCAUCUCUCCUACCCUCCUCUCUCCACCCAGCCUUCCUACCCCACAGUACAGAGCCACAACUUCACCCCUUACCACGGCGCUGCCACCAGAAAUGGCGCCUGGACCUUCGGCGUGGGUGUUCAGACUGGUGCCCCUUACCAGACCCGCCGCCAGGAAGCUCAAAUGCUUGUCGGACAGCAGAGACGUUUCAGCCCUGGCUCUGAUGAUGUUCGCAACCACAUCUCUUCCGAGUCUUCUGCUGCCAGCAAUGACGACGAGCACGAAUCUGACGCCGACCAGGCUGCUGAAGAUGAGGCCGAGGAAGACGAUGUUGACGGAGAGCACGAGUCAGAAGAGAACGACUUCAGCAACGAAGAAGAAGACGAGGCCGAAGCCCACAUCCCUCGCAAGCACCAUGGCAAGUUCCACGCAGGAAACAAGCGCCUCGUUUGUGACAACUGCCAUGAAAAACACUACAAAUGCGUCAAGCCUGACCCCAACAAGCCUUGCGCUGGGUGCAUGAAGGCUCGUGGGGGUCCCAUUGAGUGCAAAGUCACCAAGCGUCCGGGCACCUGA